CAGAUCAGCAAUCUUCAUUAGGCUAUUUAAUAUUAUCAGAGGAAGCAACGAUUUAAAGUGAAAGAGGUCAUGGCCUCAGCAAGUGGGUUUCCAGCAAGUUUUUACAGUGAGCCAGGCGUGCUUGGGCUCCUGGCCAAUGGCAUCAGUGCUUUCCUUGUCCUACUGCAGAACUUCCAUGGUGCCAGGACUGGCAUUCCUGCAGAGGGAGUGGAAAACAUUUUAGCAGGUGUUCAUCUUAUUCUAAUUGGCGGAGUGUGUCAGCUUGUGGCAGGCUUGCUGUCUUUCCGAAAAUAUGACCAUCUGAGUGGCACAUCCUUUGUAGGAUAUGCAGCACUUUGGGGGAGCUAUGGGGCCACAAGAAUUUUUCUAGGUGCCAACCAACCAAGUCUAAAUGUAAACUCUACUCUCAAUACAACCAUCAUUCCAAUGUACAUCAAAGAGUCUGCCAUAGCUGGGCUAGUUCCAUACAUCCUUCUGUCCUUUCUACUGGCCUUCUGUUCUGCAACAGUUAACUAUAUCAUGCCCUUUGUGUUUGGAGCCAUCACCCUCACACUGAUAUUUGAGGCUGUAGGUCUGGUAGCAGGAUGGGCUCUCGUGGUUUCUGGCAUUCUGGAGCUCCUCAUCCUACUCUUUGCCAUAUAUGGCUCAUCAGCACUGCUAAUUAAGGGAUUAGCCCAACGAUAUGUGCUGAAAGGUUUUGGAAACCCUCUCUUUAACGUGCUGCUCCUUGGAACCACCAAUGCUAGCAGCUCCCAAAGCCUGGGGCAGGAGAAGAAAAAAAACACCAAGUAUGCUGAACCUAUGGCCUUGGGAUUCUUCUGCGACACAGUUUCUCCAUUUAUCUUUGCCUUCUAUGCCUUUGGCUACUUCCCAUCAAUCCAAGUAGCCGCCAUCUGGAUAUCCAUCAAUUCCGCUGCUCAGCUUUUAUCUAGCUAUUACGCAUACCUGCGUCAAGACUGCUACCAUGCAACCAAGUUUGGACUGCAUUGCAUUUUUUGGUUGGUGAAGACCUGGGAAGAGUUUGUGGUGUCUGCAGUCAUUAGCAAGACUGAGGCUGGUCAAGUAAGGCAAGCCAUGGUUGGGAACUGGUUCUUCCUAGCUGCUGCCAUGGUUUUCUGUAUCGUGUGUCUCAACAAAGAUACUCUUGAGCUGGUCCACAAUUUGGUUUUCCUCCUGGUGACCAUAUCAACCAUUUCCCAGAUCCCCAUUGAUGGGUACUACAUAUUUUUUGGAGUGACCUGUUCCCUAUUCACUGUCCUUUCCUUCUAUGGCACCUUUGCUCGGCUCAUCAACACCAUUGCUGAGAAGUUCUUGAUUCCUAUUGGACCCCAACUGGUCUCCACUGAAUCCCUCCAAAGAUGUCUUGGCUUCCUCAAGAGGUCUAAUUUAGAUGAGCCUGAAGGUAAAGUUGCACUGCUUCCUGAUGCUUUAUUCUAUCUCACCAACGGGGUUGCCGCUCUCUCAGCCAUUCACAGUGGUCAAUAUGGACUGGUGUUCUUCGACCUGACUGUUCCCUGGGUACUCAUCCCAGGAGCCAUCAUCCAGGCCUAUGUCAGUCGGCUUCAGGUACAAGGAGGCCAGAGGUUCGGCUCGGUCAUUCCCUCAUUUUAUGUAGCUAUUUGGGCUACUUGGAGCUGGUUUAGGUUUGCAGGACAUCGGUUGCAAAUAUCUGCAGAGUCAGCAAAUGGAUUUGCAGCUGGGGCGAUAGCCUUUUUGAUCAUCAAUGCUUUCUUGAUUCUAGUUGCUGCCUAUGGCAAUCUUGUUCUGUUAGCGUUGACCACAGUCAUGGAGGUCAUCAUAGUCUGUUUUCUUCUCUCUGUUUUUGGAAGACUUCCCUACAAACUGGAAGUUGCUAUGCUUGCAAUUUUUGCCAUAAUUUGCUUGUAUGGCAUGCUAGCAUCCCUUGUGAACAGUAGCUUCUCUAAGACGUUGAUACCAGUUGGACCUUCCCUUAUCAAGGACAAGCGGAAGAAGGAAUCUGUGACCACACACCCAUGUUUCAUUGCCAAUUCCCAGAAAACCAGUGGACUUCUCAAGAUUGUCAAAUUGCUGGAAAACAACGGAGUGUGUGGCAUCCCUACAGACACAGUCUACGCCUUGGCUGCUUCAUGCAAGAACCCUAGGGCAAUUGAGAAGAUCUACAGCAUCAAAGACCGUCCUGCAGAGAAACCUAUUUGCAUCUGUAUCUCAAGUGUGGAGCAGCUUGUGGCUGCAAAACCUCCUUUCAGUCCUCUUCUAUGGGAGUUCAUGAGAAAUGUCUACCCAGGAGGCAUUAGCUGCAUCGUUCCAAAGGGGGAUUGGCUCUUAAAACUUGGUGUGGGACCUGCAUAUGACUGCGUUGGGACCAGAGACAGCAUUAUGAUCCGAGUACCUGACCACACCGUGACGGCUCACCUGUGUGAAUUCACUGGUCCAUUGGCCAUCACAUCAGCCAAUCCCAGUGGAGAAGCUGACAGUGUCCACCAUGACAUGGUCAUAAAUCGUCUUGGGCACAAGAUUGAAGGAGUUCUGUGUGAUGGGGAAUCCAAUGAGGUGGUGGCUUCAACUGUAGUGAACUGCUUGAAAAUUGAUGAAGGAACUAUCAGCAUUCUACGUGAGGGUUGUGUGCCUGCACUGAAGGUUAGGCAGAUUUUUGAACGGGUGAAAAACAACAUGCUAUAAAAAGAAGGCCAAAAUAAGCUUCUCCGGCAUCUGUAGUUGCUUUAUUUUAUGUGAAGGAUUGUUUAGUCUGCACAUAUGAACAGAGAACAUUAAAAUAUCUGCAUUAUGUUAAUACUUCAAACUUGAUUGCACUUUAUAGCAUUAUAAACAAUGAAGACGUCAUGAAGUAUGAUCUUGUAAAGUUGCUCUGUGAGUGUGCUAUGCAUUUUCACUUCCAUAUGUUUGCACAUUUAUAACAAAGUUUGGUAUCAAAUCUUAACAGAAUUUGGUGAAGUUUUGAAACAAUGUAUAAAAAUGUAACCAUUCUUUUUAUUAAUGACUAUUAACUAUUAAUGCAUUAUUUCAUUGUAUCACAUUGUAAUGUGUUUGUUACAUAACAGUAACUACAUUGUAUAGUUCUAUGAAACACAUGAGCAUACGAAUCAGAGUGACAUUUAUAUUUUAUUUUUGCAAAAUAAGCUUGUGUAUGUUUAUUGUGCACAGAGAAACUGUAUAUUUAUGUUUGUGUGUGUGUGUGUGUGUGUAUGUUUGUUCAUUUAUCCAGUGUUCUUUAUUACUGGCUAAUAAAAUA